AAAAAGUGGUGGCGCUUUAGCGCGUUUAUGCAAUAGCUGUUUGUUCAUACAGGCAGCAACGACAACGAUAACACACAAAGCUACAAUUUAGCCGGGAGGUUUAGAAGCUGUACGUCUUCACGUUCAUCUCGAAACAGCGAACGACCUUAAGGAAAAGUCCCAAGAGGUCCCGGUUAAAUCUAGCCAAUUUAGCGCUGAACUACUGAGAUGAAGGAAAAAGUUUCUCAACAUAGCGCGGCCAGGAAAUGAGUAAAAGCAGCCUUCAGACUCAAAUAAGGAAGAGAGUAAAAUGCGGAACGGGCUCCUGGCUCAUUGAAACUCUGCGCAGUUCGGGCUGACUUGUUUGGUUUUUUUUCUUUCUUUUUUUUCAGCUUCAAGCGGUGUCAUCUCUGGAAUAUAUUUCAGAUUUGGAUUCUACUAGAAGCAAACAAAAAAAACAAGGCCAUGCAGGGAGGGAUCUUCCGGGUGUGUGUGGUGAUGGCGGCAGCCCUCUUCUUUCAGAAGGAAAACACCACCCUUCCUGAGCAGGAGGAUGACAUAAUCCAUCGGAUGAAGGAGCACCAAGAGAAACUCCAAUCCGAGAUGAUCCGUCUGGAACAAGAGGAUUUCAAGCAGGAUGUGGAGGUCCCGAAGGCAGUGGAGGAGGAGGGCAACCAAGGCUGGGACUUGUGGAGCGCUCUGUCCUUGAUCAUCUUCCUGAUGAUUGAGAUAUGGAGGCAGGACUUCCAAGAUGGUUCUGCUCAGGAAUCCAAUUCAGAGGAAGAGGACUAUCUGGUCAUUCAGAAUAUCUCUCAGAAAACCACACUCCCAGACAAAGUGGUCCUGGCAAGCUUCCAUGAUAACUGCAUCCGUAUCUCUGGCAAUGAAUUCUGGAGGAUGCGGGAGUUUGUGGAAGGUUUUGCAGAUGACCUUUUGGAAGCUUUGAGGAGCGUGUGCAACAGGGAUGCUGAUAUGGAAGUGGAGGACUGCAUUGGAGUUGGGAGCAUGUAUGAGAACUGGAGGGUGAGCAAGCCUCUGCUCUGUGAUCUAAUUGUUCCCUUUGCUCCGCCGGAGCCGUAUCGUUUCAAGUUUCAGCUCUGGUGCUGCUCAGGAAAUGACAUUCCUCCAGACAGACAGGGAUGCGGGAGGAUCAAAGUUGUAAAAGCCAGCGAAGAUGAUUCUGGUUGCCUGUGUGGCAAGAGCAACCUGGGGGAGGACAUGCUGUGCCUCCUCCAUGGCAAGAACGAGACGCCCAGGGCUAACGACACCAUGGAGGACCUGCUGUGCUCCAGGAAUACACCCUACUUAGCCAAAGACCAAGUCAUGAAGUGGUUCCAGAUCUCCAUAACUAAAGCCUGGAAUCGAAUCUCUCACAAGUACGAUUUUGAGCUCACGUUCCGCAACCUUGAUGUGCCAGGAGCUCUGAAGGUGAAAUUCAGGUCGGGGAAGGUCAUUAUCUUCAACAUCACUCCAGUGGUGCAGUUUGAAGACACCGAUGCCUAUUUUGUGUCGAGUUUCAACAGCAGCAGCCUUCCAGAUGUCUAUUGGUCACUCUCCUUUGCUGUCUAUGAGAAGAAUUUGCUUAAAUCGUUGGCCAAGAAGCUGCCAGACAAUCCCUGCCACCUCAGCUGCCUUCAAAUCGUCUGUUUCCUGCACCGGAAACAGUCCAGUCUGACUGGAAAGAGCGGUCUCACCAACUAUCACUUGAAAACAGCACUGCUGCACUUGCUGCUGAGCAAGGCCCCUUCAGAGUGGCGUCCAGAGCACCUGGAGAAAAGGCUGCGUGACAUCUUUCGAUUCCUGGAGAAAAGCCUCCUGGAGAAGAAGCUCUACCACGCUUUAAUUGGUAACAAACAAGUUUCGAAGGCUUUCCUCAUUCCAGCACAAUUCCGAGCUUCGGAACCACUCAACUUGUUCCGACCACUUGUGCUACAGGGGGACCUGUAUGCCAAGACAGUGGAAUCCUUUCACGAAAUGCUCAGAAAUGCACCUGUCCUGAUACAAGAGUAUACCCCACACAUUCCAAAUGGGCAUGUUCCUGCGCCACAGAACACACGUGCAUGAACUGCAGUGUUUCAAUGCAUCUGUUUUGAAUGACCUUGUAUGGAGCAUGAUUUUAACAAAAAAAACAGUCAAGGAGAAAUCUCAAGUGUGUGUGUGUGUGUGUGUGUGUGUGUGUUUAUUUAUUUGGUCUGCUGAUUGCUGUUUAUAAAUAUUAGUUUUGCUAUGGAAAAAUAAGUGAUUCAGGAAAGAUUUUUUAAAAUAUUUACUACCAUUUUUCAGAUGGGGUUCUGGAGUGAGAACAGAGUCUGUAUGUGAUGGAACCACUUCUCAUAGCUGAAACAUGACUCGUUGAAUUAUGUUAGUGUUAAAAGACUGUGUCUGCCAUCUAAAUAAUGCUACAGAAAGACCCCAUAGAAGGAUAUUCUGCACUGCUGCUUUAAGUGUUUCAACACAGUGUUUUACUAGCUUUUGUCUGAAAUUAUCCCGAAUUGUCCAGUUAGCUGGUGUUUCAGGUCUCAUGCCAGAGCUUUUUUCAGGUUAAGAACUUACAGUAAGCUGUGGUUCUGUGCUUAGUGAUUGGGUGUAAGAACAGAGAUCCGCUUUGUUUGCUGUGAUUGUGUCAGUGCUCGACCAUAACAGGAAGCUCUGGUUGGGCUGCCAACUCCCCAGAAACAAGAGAGGGAAUGGUUUUAUUAUUUUUUAUUGACAGAAUUUGAAGUUGGGGGAAAAAAGGCACUGUGUACAUUUUUUUUUACAUAUGUAUAGGCCAGUACUACAAUAUUAAAUUAUUUCGUUAUUGUAAAUAUAUGCAAAUGAUAUUUUCUAGUGAGAGUGUAAAGGUAAUAUUGAGAAAUCAGUAAAAUGCCAUUUUUUAUUGCCUAUUUUAAUGGACUAUUCCCUGAAAUGUUAGGGAAGAUAAAGUUAACUACAGUAUUGUAAUAUUUCAAGGCACACAUAGUGCCAUGACGAAUUUACUAAUAAUAAUUUAAAACGUGCUUCGUACUUUUGCAUAUUUACUGCUUGGGACUUGAUAUUUCUAAGACUGUUAAAAGCCAGUACAGUACUAAGACUUGUAUCAAACAUGGCAAGGUCACUUCAGAGGUCUGCUGCUCAUUCUUUGCAUCAGGUAUGCACUUGGAACCAAGAUUCUUAUUAUCCGUUGAACCACCUGUAGAGCAAACUAGUAUCUAGAAGACAUAUUCAGAAGCAAAAUCUUCACAGUUACAGCCCAUUAAACAAGAGACGAAAAACUGGAUUGACCAGUAAAACAAAUGUGGAGAGAACUAAAAAAAACAAAUUAGAUGCAAUGGGAAAAAAAAAAAAAGACUUCUAGAAUUAGAGUCCAACAAUAACUGUGUGGGCGGUGUGUGUAAAGGCAUUCUAGCCUGUCCCUUACAAAUGAACAACUGUUUGCAGCUGUUACACUGUUUGUGAUGUCAUUAUAAUUAUAUUCAUUAUGUAAUAGUGCAAAAAUCUAAUUGUGACAGUGAACUGUACUGUUUAUUGAAACAUGAAAUAAAAAAUAGCAGAAAUCGUGUAUCCCUUGCACUUUUCAGACAGGUUUUGCUCAUAGUGUUGAGCAGAUUGAAAUUGUUCUGUUAUCCUGAUCCACUAGAUCAGAGUAGACGUGCCCACACCUACACUGUGAGAUAGUGAAAGUAUCAGAAUGCUUAGUUUCUGUGCACUGAGACUGAAAUGACAUUACAGACCAGUAAAAAAAAAAAAAAAAAAAAAAAGAAGAAAUUAUAUUACCUACAGUAUUUAGAACUUUAACCAGACUGCCACCCAGGCCAGGACUCUUUCAUGUAGCCCUGUGUCUAUAAAUGUCAGGACCUGGCAUUUUAGUUGUAGGUGUGCGUGCUAGUACAAGGGGGAUUUCACAGGUGGGAUGAUGGAUAACGCUCCUGCCUAACGCUUUACCAGAGAGCAGUGCCAGAGCUUGACACGACAGCCAACAGCAGCACUUGCGUCUCCACGUAGAACCCUUAUAGGGCUCAGGGAAGCCCCCUGCUUAGCACACUGUCUCCGUUGUUUAAAAAUACAGUGCAGGAGGGUUUCAUCAGGCAUAUCUGUGAAUGAACGGGCCACGGAUUCAGAGUGGAAUUGUUCAGAGAGUAACCUUUACUUAGUCAAGCUCCUGCAGCAGCUUGCACUGACUGCUCCCCUCUUUCAGUCUGCUCUGCCGUUCUCUUAGCAGUUUUGUGUUGCUAGUCAAACCCAUCUCAGUAUGUGUGUGUGUCUCCUGGUACCUUAAUACAGUUCACUGUCGUAUGUUUCAUUGGAAUGGUUUCUAAAUGAUAUGGAGGUUUAAUAUGCAGCAAGCAAUGGAAUUUUUAAUGCUCAGUAAAAUAUAGAUCAAAUAUGGAUCAAAUGUUAAGCAGCCGUGCCAGUAUCGUCAGUUACAGCACUGUCUUCAUAUCUUACGCUACAGAGAGAAUAGGAAUAACGGUGAUCCUGUCAAAUAAAUCGAAAAUGAUUGUUGAUUGUUGUGUCAAUGAACACACAUUUUAAUCAAAA